AUGGCUGACCCGACCGAGGAGACCCGGCAAGACGGCCGGCGUGCUGCGUCCGAGACGGAUCCGCUUCUCGAGAACCGAGGCGAUGAGGCGCAGCACGUCGGUGAGGACCCUGCCGAUGGCCGCGAGCGAUGGAAUCAUCCUCGCGUCAACCGCUAUCGAUAUGUCUCCGUCAAUCUGUCGCUGCUCAUCCUGGGCAUGCAUGACGGCAGUAUAGGCCUUGAACGCUACUAUGCCAUCAGCUAUGCGACCGUGUCCACCCUAUUCCUCGUCCCCUUUCUGGGAUACGUCACCGCCGCCCUCUGCAACAACUGGAUUCACCACAGACUCGGCCGCCGAGGCGUCGCCUUCCUCGGGCCCGCUGCCCGCCUCUUGGGAUAUAUCCCCAUGGCCCUUCAUCCGCCCUUCCCCGUCUUGCCCGUGCUGCUCCUCAUUGUCGGCUUCGGCAAUGGCAUUCAGGAUAGCGCCUGGAACACCUGGGUGGGCAACAUGCACCAGGCCAACGAACUGCUGGGCAUCAUCCACGGCUCUUUCGGCCUGGGAGGCACCGUUGCCCCUCUCAUCGUCUCCGCCAUGGUUGCCAAGAUGCACCUGGAGUGGUACACGUACUUCUACGUCACCACCGCCGUCGUCUGCGUCGAGCUUGUCUUUGCCGUCUGGGCUUUUUGGGGCGCCUCCGGAGCCGUCUACCGAAAGAAACUCCGGCGCGACGCAGGGGGCGGCGGCGGCACGAUUCGCACCGUCCUCUCCGAGCCCAUCACCUGGCUCGUGUCCGUCUUCUUGCUGGCCUAUGCCGGCGCCGAAGUCAGCAUGGGUGGCUGGACCCCCACCUUUAUGAUUGAGGUGCGUCACGCCGACAACUUUCUGGCUGGUGUCACCGCGACGCUCUUCUGGCUUGGCCUGAGCCUUGGGCGAGUUGUCCUCGGUUUCAUCACGGGCCGCAUCGGCGAGAAGCUGGCCAUCACGGGCUACCUGCUCUUUGCCGUCGCCUUUGAGUUGCUGUUUUGGCUCGUGCCCACGACAGUUGGCGCCAUGUGCUUCGUCUUCCUCAUGGGCUUCUUCCUCGGCCCGCUGUUCCCGGCAGCCGUUGUCGUGGCGACCAAGUUGCUGCCUCCCGAAUACCACAUCACCGCCGUCGGCUUCGCGGCGGCCAUAGGCGGCGGUGGCGCCUCUGUGCUUCCCUUUGCGGUUGGGGCUAUUGCCGAGAACCAUGGCGUCCAGGUGCUGCAGCCCAUUAUCCUCGCCGUACUUCUCUUCCUGAUCGGCGUCUGGCUGGCGCUACCAGGAGGGCUCAGAAAGGGGGGGCUUGAUCGGGCGCAACGUAGUCGCGAGACACGGACGUGA